CUUGGCCUCCUGACCGCCCUGCAGCCGCCCCCAGCGCGCGGGCCUCCAUAUCCACACCAGCCCUGCCAUCACCUGCCCUGCCCUCCUCAGUCCUGCCUUCACCUGUCCUGUCCUCACCCAGCCAUGUCUCCUGGCCUGACCCUACCCUCGGACAGCCCUGUCCUCCUCACCUGCCCUGUUCCUCACCCAGCUCUGCUCCCCUACUGGCCCAGCUUUUGCCAGGCCUUGUCCUGCUACCUGGCCCUACCCUCACUUGACCCUGUCUACCUUGGCGCUAUCCUCCUCACCUGCCCUGUUCCUCACCCAUACCUGUUGCCAGCUGGACUUGCUUUUGCCAGGCCUUGUCCUGCUACCUGGCCCUACCCUCACUUGACCCUGUCUACCUUGGCGCUAUCCUCCUCACCUGCCCUGUUCCUCACCCAUACCUGUUGCCAGCUGGACUUGCUUUUGCCAGGCCUUGUCCUGCUACCUGGCCCUACCUUCACCCGACCCUGUCUACCUUGACGCUGUCCUCCUCACCUGCUAUGUCCUCCUUGGCCAGGUGUCCACCCUGCAGGUCUUCCCUCCACUAGUCUCCCUGUUGUCUGCAGGAGGUGACCUGGGCCUGUAUGGUGACUUCCAGGGUGUCAUCUGAUGCCAUCUCCAGGUAGCAAUAGCCAGAUCUCAAUGUCAUUACAGAACACUAAUUGGGCAGGUGGCACAGAUUCCACCCCAGGGAAAAAUAUGCUCCCCUGGAGGUGGGCAUCCCAGACCAUCCCCCUCCCUGUGAUGUGUGGCACUAGGCUCUGGACAAAGAGCUGGACCACAAGUGAGAGAAAGGACACAACAGAGAGAGACCUUACACAGAUGGCAAGGGAUUGCAGAGGGAGGGCACAAGAGUGAAAGAAGAAGCCAUAAAGCAGCAGAGAGAAGCAGAUGGAGAAAUCUAGAAUCGCAAACUCCAGAGAGGCGAAGGACAGCCACACAGGGAUAUGGACAGAACAGGGGAGAGACCUCAAGCUAUCUAGAGAGAUGAAGGUCAUAGAAAGAGACAGAAUCCGGGAGGGACCACAGGCAGAGUGUGGGAGCAGAUGACAGAUUAUCUGCAGGCAUGGCAGAAGGCAGCUGUGGUGCUGGGAUAAGGAGAGGGGUAACAGGUGACAAGGGGAGCCCAGAGGAGCACCUUAGAGAGGAGGCAUCCAGAGCAUGGGAUUAGGGGCCUGUAGCAGGCAGGGCAGAUGGAGAGUGUGGAUGGGGAAGAAAGAGGCAGAAAUCUGUGGAGAUUGGGGACAAAGACUGGGGAGAAAGACUGACUGGAGGUGAAGGGAGUUGCAGGACUGGGGAAGUUCAGAUGGAGGGAAGGAAUAGAGGGAAGAAAGGGAGAAACCAGGAGAGGAGAGGGAAGCAAAGGGAGCAGGAUGCCCUCCCGUGUGGGGGUGGUAUGGAGCACAGUAGAGCUGAGGAAAGAAAUUGCAAAACUACUGCCCAUGAGGCUUGUGUAUUUUAAAAUUCUAGAGGUAACAGGAUAGCUCCCUUAUCCAGCCCGAAGGCAGGGACUGAACUCAUUGUGUCCAGGGUCACCCUCCUUCCUUUUCCUGAUUUGCGGUGUCAUGUAGGGAGUGUAGGAGAUAGAAAGGGCAAUUAAAGUGUUUUUGCUUUUGUCGGGCUGAAUGCAACAGUGACCACUCAGCAGAGAGUUCUUCACCUCUAGUCACGUAAAUGUGUGGGGAUUUCUCCCCACCAACACAGGGUGUCUGUGCCACCUGCCAAAUCACUGUUCUGUAAUGACAUUCAGAUCUGGCUGCUGCUACCUGGAGAUGGCAUCAGAUGACACACAGCUUUCUCCUACAGCACUGCCCCACAUGGUCUGCCAGUCACCUGGAGAAGUUGGGACCCCCUGCUCACCACCUGGAGGGAAACAUGGAUUGACUUGUGAAGACUCGUGUUACCUGAGGAAACAGCCCUGAAGAGGAGGAGGAAAGAAAAGGGGUCAGGAAUGGCUGUCACUGAGGGUCCGCUGACAUUCAGGGAUGUGGCCAUAGAGUUCUCCCAGGAGGAGUGGAAGUGCCUGGUCCCUGCUCAGAGGGCUUUGUACAGGGACGUGAUGCUGGAGACCUACAGGAACCUGGUCUCCCUGGUCUGUGGCAGUGUUUUCAGUCACAAAUCUUCCCUAGCAAAUCAUCAAAGAAUCCACUCCGGAGAGAAACCUUUCAAAUGCAAUGAGUGUGGCAAGGUCUUCAGCCGCAACUCAUACCUAGCAGAACAUCUGAUAAUGCAUACUGGGGAGAAGCCUCACAGAUGCAAUGAAUGUGGCAAAGUGUUUGGUCGCAGUUCACAUCUUGCAUGUCAUCGCAGAAUCCAUACAGGAGAGAAACCUUAUAAGUGUAAUGACUGUGGCAAAGUAUUCAGUCAAAAUUCAUACCUAGCAUGUCAUCGCAGAAUCCACACUGGGGAGAAACCUUACAAAUGUAAUAACUGUGGCAAGGUCUUCAGUCUGAAUUCAUCCCUAGCCCAUCACCGCAGGAUCCAUAGUGUAGAGAAGCCAUAGUCUUGUAAUCAAAGUGCACAGGGUGGUGCGUCUCACCUACUUCAGAAAAAGGCAGAAGGGUGGCAAGUGCAAAUCCAGUCUGGACAUAAUGGUGAGACUCUCUAAAUAUGAAAUAAAGGGCUCUGAUGUAGCUAAGUCGUAGAAUGACUGCCUAACACAUUUUGAGUCCCUGGGUUCAAUCCCUAAACCCCAGAAGAGGAAAAUAGUAAUGCAACAAAUGUGUUGCGGUCUUCAGUAACAUUGACAUCUCACAUAUCAAGCAUUUAUGGUGGAGAGAAACCCAAUGAAUGUGAUGAGGGUCACAAACCCUAUAAGGUGCAUCUGGCCUGGCCAAUAAUGUGAUCCACACCAAGAGGGCUAGGCAAAGUGUUCACUGACAUUUCCUAUCGUGCACAUUGUCAAUAUCUCCUCCUAGAAUAAAACCACAAAUGAAUUAGACAAAGUCUCAGUCAGCAUUCAAGCCGUGCAAGACCACUGAGAAUUCCUAGUGGAGAAAUUAUCUCCCGUGUGUAAUGACUAUAUAGAGUGAUCCAGGCCUCAUUUAUUUUUAUUUUAUUUUUUUUUUAAAGAGAGAGUGAGAGAGGGGGGAGAGAGAGAGAGAGAGA